CAGGCGCAAAGAUCGUCUUUCGGAUACAAGCAGGUCAUGUUGGCCACUGGCCUCGUGGAACUUGUGGCUGUCCUGUGCUUGAUGGCGAACGGGGCACCAAUCCUAUCGAUUUUCGGCGUAUUCACCCUGAAGCUUUCCAUGGUGCCUGACUCCUGGGGCGAGAGAGCGCCAAACUGCACCUUUGGCAGUUGCCUGCUCAGGACAUUUUCGCAGACAGUCAACACCGUCAAGUCGGAGAUCUUCCCCUCGCUGAUCCGCGUCUCGGCGCUCUCGGUGUCCGGCACCUGCGGGCGCAUGGGGGCGCUGCUGGCGCCCGCACUCAUUGAGGAGACCCGGGGAGCCCCAGGCAGCCCGGAGGAGUUCCAAGUCUUCUUGACCCUCCUGGCUGCAGUUCUCCUGGUGGCAGCUGGCUUGGGGGUGUUUUUGGUGCCGGAGACAAAGGGUAAGUCCCUGGCGUGACGCUUUGCCGGCG